CGUUCGCUGGUUCACUCGAUCUAGUUCCAUUGCGAACUACACAAUUAUUAUUUAUAGGCCACAUUUUUUUGUUUUCUUUUAACGUUAACAUUUCGUUUGGAUCUUAUUAUUUUAGUUUUUUGAUAACACCGCAACGACAUAUAGAUUUCCGUCGCACAAUCACUGCCUCCGCCUCCUACUCCCUGCAUCGCUGCACAAUUCGGCCGAGAUCUCCGCAUCGAAAAUGUUGAAGCUACGUAACCUCCUAGCCGUCGGCGGCAACAACAGCAACCACAGCGUUCUGCUGGCUGUCCGUGCCCUGUCCACCACGGCUAGCUGCAAGGAUUCGGAAUCAUGGUUCUCAAAGCUGCUCGUUCGGAAAAUAGAGCCAACAAAGGAGCCGCACAGCCGCAUGCUGAGCGACAAGGAAAUUAUAUAUGCCCUGCAUACCCACAACGUUAGGCCCGAUUCCAUGAGCAACUAUCUUAACAACUACAAAACGACGGUGGCUCUAAUCAAUGAAAAGGCAAAUCUCUCAUGCGAUUUGGUGGCCUCUUGGACUGUCCAGGUGGGCGAUAUGGAUCAGUGCCUGCAUCUGUGGAAGUACACCGGAGGCUUUGAGAAAAUCGAUCAGGCCAAGGAGGACCUGUGGAACGAUCCAGAGUACCUCAGCCUAAUGCAUGAACGCUCCAAAUUCCUGCGCUCCCGCCAUCUGCAAUAUCUCCUGGCCUUCAGCUACUGGCCACAGAUUGCCAGUCGUCCCGGCAAGAAUAUUUACGAAAUGCGCUCCUAUCGACUGACCCCUGGCACCAUGAUCGAGUGGGGCAACAACUGGGCCCGGGCCAUUAACUAUCGCAAGCAUAACAACGAGGCAUUCGCCGGUUUUUUCUCGCAGAUCGGACGUCUGUAUAAUGUCCAUCAUAUUUGGUGUUACAAAUCUCUGCAGGACCGCAAGGAGACCAGGGAGGCUUCCUGGCGCACCCCCGGCUGGGAUGAGUGUGUGGCCUAUACGGUGCCCCUGAUCCGCGACAUGCACUGCCGCGUCCUAGCUCCCACUGAAUUCUCGCCCACACAAUAAGCAAGAAGGUGGACUGUUUCGGUUUCUCUUUUUUUUGUUUUUUCGCGAUCUAGAAAGUUGAAGAAGUGUCGGCACUUGCUGUCGCGAGUUAUUGUAUAUAAUGCCAGCCACCCAUUUAAUCAUCUUAGUGUUCUCUUAGUAUAAAUUAAGGUCAAAGUGGACAUAUUUCUCCUCAAUUUGUACAUGCCUCCGGAACUAUAUUAUGAUCGAUCUAUGUAAGCACAACGUUUGAAUUUAACCCAAAAAUUUUAAAGAAAACAAAUCUUUUUUGUUGUUAGUAUAAAGAAAUAAAGCUAUUAUGAAACUGUUACAUAAAGCAGCGCUAUGCAUGUAAAA